UUCAGCAUCGACUCAAGAAACUGGAUGACCUACUGUUAGAGUAAUUUGUCGAACCCCUCGGGCAUCGGACACGACACAUCUCGGUGUUAAAUGUAUUUGUCAUGUCACUCGGCGUGGGUCUCACUAAUCUCGCCACGCUCGCGCAGCAAGAACACGACGCGCAUUCGUCGCGUGGAGCUCAUGCUGAUGGAAUAACACCUGAUCUUCGACAGGAUGAAGGUGCGCGACAGUCAUUCAUCGAGGAGGACGUACACGAAACAAGUUUUCUUUCUAAUUUAUUUAAGUGAAUCGUUCUUUACGGACAAGACGUUUCAAAGAGCAAAUUGUGCAACAUUUUUCGGAUAAAUGCAGCUUUGAGCACAAAAGAAGCUCCUCGGUAUUAUCUAACAGAGCUGCAGGAACCGGUUAUUGCUCACUGGAAUGUAAAACGUCCUCAUAUUGCACAAGGACUAAAUGAUCACACUCGAAUAUAUCAGGGGACACUAGAAAACUGUGUGCAGAGUGAUUAGAUGAGCUUAUCUGAACAGUUUUGAUGGGAUCAUAUACUAUGAUAUUAUCAACCGGAAUGACAGUAACACUGAACUGAAACACUUUACUGGCACUUUCCAAACUGGAAUGCAGGACAAAUCUUUUGUGUAAUGGAGCACGAACUGGAAAUGUUAAAGUUGGUAUGAAAAUGUACCUGAAGUGUGUCAGGUCUGACGGAUUCUAUGAGAUGAAGUGUUGGAACAGUUCACGUCUAGCUCUCAUGAUGCAGUGAUCCUUAAUGCACAGCACAAUGGCAGUGAUGGAUUUGAACUUGACAACAGUAAUUGACAGCGGUUUCAUGGAAAGUGACCAGUCCAGGCGGGUUCUGAUCGGUUGCUUUCUUUCCGUUCUAAUCCUCUCCACCUUACUCGGAAACACGCUGGUUUGUGCAGCUGUCAUGAAAUUCCGCCACCUGCGCUCUAAAGUCACAAACUUUUUUGUGAUCUCACUGGCGGUGUCAGACCUGCUGGUGGCCAUUCUGGUCAUGCCCUGGAAGGCUGUGACGGAGGUAGCCGGCUUCUGGCCCUUUGGUGCUUUCUGUGACAUUUGGGUCGCUUUCGAUAUCAUGUGCUCCACAGCUUCCAUCCUGAACCUCUGCGUUAUUAGCAUGGACCGAUACUGGGCCAUUUCCAGCCCGUUCCGCUACGAGAGGAAGAUGACGCCCAGGGUGGCCUUUGUGAUGAUCAGCAUGGCUUGGACCCUGUCUGUGCUCAUCUCCUUCAUCCCAGUGCAGCUCAAAUGGCACAAGGCUCAGCCAGUGAGCUUCCCAGAGGUCAACGCUUCUCACAGGGCUCUGCUGACGGACAACUGUGACUCCAGCCUCAACCGAACCUAUGCCAUAUCCUCCUCGCUCAUCAGCUUCUACAUUCCCGUCGCCAUCAUGAUUGUAACGUACACUCAGAUUUACAGAAUCGCCCAGAAGCAGAUCCGACGGAUCUCGGCUUUGGAGAGAGCGGCGGAGAACGCCAAGAUCCGCCAUGACAGCAUGGGCGGCAGCUCCACCGUGGAGUCCGAAAGCUCCUUCAAACUGUCCUUCAAAAGGGAGACGAAAGUCUUAAAAACCUUGUCCGUUAUAAUGGGUGUUUUUGUGUGCUGCUGGUUGCCGUUCUUCAUCCUGAACUGCAUCGUGCCAUUUUGUAAGAGCACUUCGACUGGUCUCCCCUGCAUCAGUCCGACAACAUUUGAUGUUUUUGUCUGGUUCGGAUGGGCCAAUUCUUCUCUCAACCCCAUCAUAUACGCCUUCAAUGCUGACUUUCGCCGAGCUUUUGCCAUCCUUUUGGGAUGCCAGAGAUUCUGUCCAGGAACCACUAGCAUGGAGACACCGAGCCUGAACAAGAACUGAAAAGCAACGCUCAAUGUGUGAGCCCAUUUCACAUCAAUGCUUUGCCAAGGAAGGCAAAAAAA